GCUCUUCGCCUCAUGAAGCUCACGCCCGAGCUGCUCGCGCAGGCAAACUCGUUCAUAAAUCCCACAAAAGAGCGACAACUCGACCUACGAGGAUUCAAAAUCCCUGCAAUCGAGAAUCUGGGUGUGACUAGGGACCAACACGACUGCAUCGACUUUACAGACAAUGCCAUCGCCAUUCUCGGCAACUUCCCGCUCCUGAAGCGCCUGUACACUCUUCUGCUUGCCAAUAACAACAUCUCGCAUAUUUCGCCAUCCAUCCAUAUCUCCAUUCCCAACCUCACCACUCUUGUACUCACCAACAAUAAUUUCGCCGAGCUCGGUGACCUGGAGCCGUUGAAGGAGCUACGCAAGCUCAAAUACCUCUCCCUACUCGGUAAUCCCGUAAGGGAAAAAAAAUGGUACCGCGAGUGGCUUGCCUGGAGAAUUCCUGGGCUAAGAGUUUUAGAUUUCCAGAGGAUUCGGGACAAGGAGCGACAAGCUGCCAAAGCUCUGUUCGUCACAGCGGAUGAUUUGCCGACAGCACUUGCGACGACGAUAGCCUCAACGGUGUCUACACAAUCAGCCAAAGCACUCGUCACGACAGACGAACCAAAACCAGCGCCAAUGCCGGGCAAAGCGGGUCGAUUGAUGUCCAAGGAGGACGCAGAAAAGGUCAAGGCGGCCAUUGCGAAAGCCUCUUCAAUGGAGGAGGUGCGACGUCUCGAGCGGAGUCUGAGAGACGGCUAUAUGCCAGAAAUGGAGUCUGUAGGCGCAUGA